AUGUACAAUUGUAAUCCAACUCCCCUUGCUUAUCAUUUUGUCAUCAAAACCCUAGUAAAAUCUUCACAGUGGCAAGAACUCAGUUUGGUUCUUGACCAUCUUGAAAAAGUUGAAAUCUUUGAGACCCCAGAAGUUAUUUUCAUUGAUUUGAUUGAGGCUUAUGGAAAUUUUAAUAAAAUUCAAGAAGCUGUUGAUAUUUUUUUCAAGAUUCCUAAUUUUAGGUGUAACCCUUCUGUGGAAUCUUUGAAUUGUUUACUUUUGGUUUUGUGUGACAAGGGGUGGCUUGAAAUGGUGCCUGAGAUUGUAUUGAAGAGUCAUACGAUGAGUAUUAGGAUCGAAGAGUCGAGUUAUUGUAUACUGAUUAAAGCUCUUUGUAGGAUUAAUAAGGUUAAUCAUGCUUUUGGGCUGUUAAUUUACAUGAUAGAUGAUGGUUUUGAGCUUGAUGAGAGAAUGUGUUCCUUGAUUCUGUCUACAUUGUGUAGGCAGGGUGAUUUAAGUGUUGAUGCUUUUACGGGUUAUUUGGAAGAAAUGAAGGCUUAUGGUUUUUGCCCGGGGAGGUUGGAUUUGUGCAAUGUGAUUAGGUUUUUGUUAAAGAAUGGGAAGGGUAUGGAUGCUUUGAAUGUUUUGGAUCAAAUGAAAGUUGAUGGUAUUAAGCCUGAUGUGUUUUGUUACACCAUGGUAUUAGAUGGAGUUAUCUCGGAAGGUGAGUAUGCUAAAGCAGAUGAGCUAUUUGAUGAAAUGCUUGUACUAGGCGUGGUGCCUGAUUUGUGUACAUACAAUGUGUAUAUAGGUGGUUUGUUUAAGCAGAGAAAUAUAGAUGCAGGACUGGAUAUGCUUGCUUGCAUAGAGGAUGUGGGGUGUAAACCUGAUGUGGUUACGUAUAAUGGAAUCUUGAGAGCAUUGUGUGAGAGUGGAGAAUUAAAGGCACUGAAGGAGGUUGUGAAUUUGAUGAGAUCAAAGGGGGUUCAGCAUGAUUUAAAAACUUAUGAGAUUAUGAUUGCUGGUAUGAUUCGUCAGGGUGAAAUUCGUGAAGCUUGUAAUUUGCUGCAGGAAAUGAUGGAAAAGGGCCUUGAGCCACAAUCUUCAACCUUUUUCAGGCUACUGCCUACUUUCGAUCUGACAGGACCAGGCAGCAAGGAGCUGGAAGUUUUCAGGGAAAUUACUGUUGGCAGCGUUGCUCUGGGGUCCUCAGGUUAG